UUGGUCCGUCGGGAGCCGCCUCCCGUCGUGCACCGGGGCGCCGGCGACUCACCCGGAAGGAGAAGCCGGGACUCGGGCUCUAUGGUGCGGGGCUGGUGGUGUCGCUGUCGAGAGCCGCCGCUGCCGCCGCUCUCAGGAGCCGGCCCGGAUCAUUUGUUGGCAGUACAUAUUGGCUGAAGUCAGUUUUCAUUUCAAGAUGUUUUCUUCCCAUGGGCUUUUGGUGUAGGAUGUUGGAGAACCAAGAGCUGGAGGAGGUGAUCACGGUGCGUGUGCAGGACCCCCGGGUGCAGAAUGAGGGUUCCUGGAAUUCUUACGUGGACUAUAAGAUAUUCCUUCAUACGAACAGCAAGGCCUUUACUGCCAAGACCUCGUGUGUGCGGCGCCGCUACCGUGAGUUUGUGUGGCUGAGGAGACAGCUGCAGAGGAAUGCGGGCUUGGUGCCGGUCCCUGAACUUCCUGGGAAGUCCACUUUCUUUGGCAGCUCUGAUGAGUUCAUUGAGAAGCGACGGCAAGGCCUACAGCAUUUCCUAGAAAAGGUCUUGCAGAGCGUGGUCCUUCUGUCAGACAGUCAGUUACACCUCUUCCUCCAAAGCCAGCUCUCAGUCCCUGAGAUUGAAGCCUGUGUGCAGGGCCGAGGCUCCUUGACGGUGUCUGAUGCUAUUCUCCGCUACGCUAUGUCAAACUGUGGCUGGGCCCAGGAGGAGAAGAGGCAGAGCACCUCCCACCUGGCUAAAGGAGACCAGCUCAACAGUUGCUGCUUUCUUCCAAGAUCAGGCAGGAGGAACUCUCCUUCUCCACCCCUCAGUGAAGAGAAGGACCACUUAGAAACAUGGGCUCCGGUGAUGGACUCUGAGGGCCCAUCCUUAGAGAGUCCUAUGCUGCCGCCCAGCUCCUCACCAUCAUGCUGUGAUAUUGCAGGACCCGAAGAAGGACUCUCUGUGUCCCAGCCUGUGAGAAGGGCUGUGGGAGGGGACCAUGCUGUGCCUUUGGACCCUGGUCAGCUAGACACUGUGGGGGAGGUGAGCUGUGGUUGAGCUCUAGGUUCUCUUGGGUGGUGGAGAAGCUGCAGGCCACAGUCGCAUUCAGGUGGGGUUGGGCACAGGGCAGGUUCAGGGGAGUCGGGCUGUUUGGCACCCUCCAUCCAUAUCUACUCAGGUUCGCUAUGCAGAGGUUGGUUGUGGCUGCCUGCUGUGUCUCCUCCAUGGGAAUAAACACCACACUGGUGUUGUUAAGCUAAGCACAGGGCCCAGAAGCUGUUGGUUUUAAGUAGAACUCUAUUUACUUCUGCAGGAGCUUAGUUUCUUCAGGUGCACUGCCACGGGUGAAUAGUUUGGGGAACCUCUUCAUGGCAGAUUUUUAGCUGCCAUAUUGAGUACUGUACCAACAGAAUGCUUGCUUCUAUUGUUACAUUCCCAUCUUGGCAGGCUGCAGUUUUUGCCUGGAACAUUUUGGUUGUGGGAGGCCUGCCUCUUGCCUGCCUCCUUGUGUGGACAGGGUGGUGAAUAUUUAUUCACCACCUCCUUGCUUGUCAGUAAAUGGCAGUAAUGUGACUCUUAUCGAUGGGAUUUCCCGUAUCUUCCAAGACCUUGGCAGCUUGAGUGGGCCCUGAGAGCUGCAGGCAAGCAGUUCCAGACCAUCGAGGCAAAGUGGCUGGCUGCAGCCAGGGGGAGGGAACAGUGCAGAGGCUUUGUUUUGGCCGAGGUGGCUCUGGGCUGCCCAUCUUCUGCUCAGAGAGCAGAGCUGGUGUUUCUGCAGGGGUAAAGCUCUCUUCUCGCUGAGUCGCAGCCCCUGGCCCGGGGCUUUAGCUGCCCCAGUGCCCACUGCUGCAUGGGGAAGAAGGCCUCACGCUCGUCCAGUGGGCACACAGGCUCUGUUCCUGCCUGGAAGGGAGAGCUCGAGGGAUGAGAUGGGGAACCACGUGCUCUCCUUCAGACAUUGAGGCUUCUGCCCUCCUGCUGCCGAGAUCCUGAUCGCAGAGAGCAGGGCCUGGGCGCUGGAGUGCUAGGGUGGGCUCUGCUGGGCUCCCCUGGCCGCUCUGCUCUUAGGUGUGUGGGCUCUUUUACUACUGGCCUGUGUUGUGGGAUUGUCAAUGGCAUUUAGUUCAGAGUUGAGGGGCCUUGGCCUGAAAUAAAAUACAAGUAUUGAA